UCUUCGUUUGUUUGGGCGAGGGGAGGGUCUGGGAGCCGGAGAGCGCUAGCGAUCGGCUCUUUCUUCCGGCCUGCAGUUGAGCGGACCGGCCGAGGCGGGGGCGUUAAUGGCGGUCUGGCUGGGGCAGGGGUGGCGGCGGCGUAAAGGGUGAUGGGACCCAGCAGCAACAAACGCUGGCUGGAGAAAGCGAGGGAGGAGCGGUUUUUCAAGCAGCGUGAGCCUUAAGGAGGCGCGCUUGGAAGAAAGGUUGGGCGUCUCGGGUGGGGGGGUGAGAGGAAUUGAAGGCAUGACGGCCAAGUGAAGGUGAGGCAGAAUCCAUCGCCAAGCCAGAUCGGACUCUAAAAGCAGGUUUUCGUUGUGUCCGGUACUUGCACAGGCCGGGCGUGGCUGUUUCUUAUUUAGCUAGAUAGUCAAACACACAACUGCACCGGUCUUUUAUAAAUCCCCAUCCCCUAGCUGUGUUUUUGCAUGGGGUUGGUUACAUGCUGUCGGGAUCUUGUAGGAGCAGCUUGGGAAGCCUUGUAUUCUGCAUUGGUUGCAAUGGCCAAGAAGAACAGUUUUUAGAUUGGCUGCAGAACCAAGAUACAAUUGCUUUCAUUCUCUUUUGAGAAGAAGUUCACUAGAUUGAUUGAUCUACCAUUCAACUUUUGGGUUAUGGUAUCCUGCAAGACUUAUUUUCGUGGGUGAUCCCUGAAUUGAUUGGCCAUACCAUUGUCACUGUAUUAAUGCUUAUUUCACUGCACUGGUUCAUCUUCCUCCUCAAUUUUCCUGUGGCAACAUGGAACAUAUACAGGUAUAUCAUGGUUCCCAGUGGAAACAUGGGAGUAUUUGAUCCUACAGAAAUCCACAACAGAGGGCAGCUAAAAUCACACAUGAAAGAGGCCAUGAUAAAGCUUGGUUUUCAUCUCCUUUGUUUCUUCAUGUAUCUUUACAGUAUGAUCCUGUCUUUAAUAAAUGACUGAAAAUGAAGUGGCCAAAUGAAGUAUUAUGGUUGCCAAAUUGAUGUUACUCCAUUGAAAUACUAUGAAGCCACGAGCAACUCUCAAGAAAAUCCAGACCAGUGAUGUCAUGCAGUAUAUUUUUUCCUCUUCGAACAAAACAUAUUUUUCCUGUAUUUUUAACAUAUAAAAUAUUUUAGAAACUACAAUACUAUGUUUUUGCAACUAUUGUUUUGUUCUUACUCAAAUCCAUUUUCUUACUGUAUUUCUUAUGUGAAGUUUUUGCAAGAAUACUGGUUACCCAAUGGAGCAAAUUCACUUAUUACAGUGAAACAGCAGCUAUAACCAUUUCAUUGAAGAUUUUAUCAUAUAAAAGGAAGCUUACCAGAGACAAUGACCAAUGUUUUCUUUCUUAUAGGCAACAUUUUAAAUAUGAUUCACUUAUGUGAAUGUUUUUUAAACUGAAGGCUGAAAUAUGUUCAGUGGCCAAACAUUUGUCAGUUCAGUGUUACCUGCCAUAUAUGCAACCAGUUUCCUUCAAUUUAAACUGUUGCACUCAUUUCUAACAUUCAGAUCCCCACAGAGCUGCUACAAUAUUUCAUGGAAGUACUUUCUCAAACACCUUUUUUUAAAAUAUAUUAGUAUUUUUGCAGACUAUAUGAUAUGUAUGUAUGUAUGUAUUCAUAGUUUGCCUGUAUUAUAAUGGCAAUAAGCCACAUCCAAAUUGAAGCUGUGCAGUAUAACUGCAAUCUCAUUUGCUGUUGGAAAUUUGGUACCAUUAUCAGUUCAAUAGAUUGCAAUCUUCCAAGCUCAAGACCACACCUAUAGCCACUGGUUCAGUAAACAGCCUGAUGUCGCUUGCCUUUUCAGACAGCUGCCGUCUAGCUUUUGUAGCCUAAGAUUUAUGGGGAUGGCUUUGUGCUCCAAGUGAGUAACUCAACUUAAAUCUGAGCAGUAUGGGUUCCAUUCUCACAAGAAUUCUUGCUGGAUAUUCAUGGAUUGAGGAGUUGCGUGAUCAUAUGUGAAUGCAUCUUGGAAAGGAAAGGAACUUCUGUUCCUUUCUAGAAUGAAAUAGAAGUCAAAGCUUAUAAAGCUAAGAACUAAUCGAAUCCAGUUAUUUAUUUAGUUUAUUGAACUGGAAAGAGGGAAUACAAAUAUUUGUUAAGUGCUGUGCACCAACAUGGAAAAGUUUAAUUAAAAAAACUCCAAUAGACAAUCAGGAAUUAAUGUAGCUUGACUUGAACGAUUUUAGAUAUGUUUAAUAUACUACAUAUUUAUAAAAUAAAAAUUAAUGUGCCCCAUAAAUUAGUAAAACCAGUGAAAAUAAAUACGGAGCCCCAAAAUUCAUGUUUUAAUGUCAGAAAAGAAAUUUAAACUACUUAAUAUAAUUCAAGAGGAAAGUAACAAAAUCCAGAAAAUUUAAUAACGCAAUCCUUUGAAACAUUUAAUAUCAGUCCAUAGCAAAUAGUCAUUACAUACCAAAAGCUCUAAGUGUUAACUAGUUCCACCACAACUCCAUAUAAAUCUUGACAAUUUAGAAAUUUGAGAACAGUAAAAGUUCUUUUCUUGAUCUCUACAGCUUGGUUUGUAAAUACACACAUACUUUGAGAAUGUUUCUUCCUCUUACAUUUUUGGAGCCAAUAGCUUUUUCCAUCUGUGCCAAUAAGUGUUAAGAAUCAAAUCUAGUACGCUUAUUUUUAACAAUGAAACACUUAAAAAAUGGGGCACACUGUACUUGAAAUUUAUAAAAAUAUAUUUGUAUUAACCAAAUUUUAAUGUUAGAGGACAAGACAAAUACACACAACAUGACUUAAAAUUAUUCAGUAAAACAUGACAUGUACCUAGUUGGUUCCAUGACUGAUUCUGUUUUACACACACAUUCAUACCAUACACACUUUGCUGAAUUCUUCUAUAUGAAGUGAGCAAGUAGCAAACAGGUUUCUAGUUUGUGUUCCAGCAACAAGAGCAGCUAUUGCAGACAACACUGCACACAUCAGUUAAGUCCUCCCUAUUCAAAAAUGUUAUCUGUCAUACGAGUGGUUUGUUGUAUGGCAGCUGAAAAUGGAUGCGAGCCAAUGCAAGAUAAAUAUAUAUAGAUACAGAUAUAUCUACAUAUAUGGAGUAUUAACGAUACAUGGUUAGUAAUUUAUCUGAAAUGCAUCAAUCAGAGGCAACUUGUGUGCUUUGGGGUACAGAUAAAGGGCACCAAAUCUUAUGGAAAUUGGUUCAUUUUCCCUUUCUGCCCCAAAUUACAAAUUAAGACAUUCUUCUGCUGUUAAAAAGGUUACUAACUCUCCUUUCCCUAAUAUAUCUAUUGCUAGCAUAAAAUUAGUAUGAGAAAUAAUUUUAAGCCAUUUUAAAAGGGUGGGAGAUUUUUGUAGUUAACAUGGCACUAAACACCUAGCAUUAUUUAAAUGUCAUUCAACAAUACCAGUUUGGAAGUCAGAAUGAAAUUAUUGGGGGGGGGGAUGGGUAAUUUUCCACCUGUGACUCCAUAUUCCCAUCAUUUCAAAACUGAGGGAAGCUAGCUACACAUUUACAAGGCUAUUUACGGGUUACAUAAAAAUUAAAUUCCUUUUUCUCUUUUGUGCUAUUUUUAAAGUGACUUACCUGAUAAAGAUGAGAAUCAUUGUGGCAAGAUAAUUUAUGGUUGGCAUGCCUAGUUUGGAAUUGAUGGUCAAAAUGCUAACAUGUUUUCAUAGAUCAUCUCUGUUGUAUGAACAAUUAAUAAUUGCUCUAGAAUUUACAGCUGAGAUUGAGAAAUACCUACUGUAUGAAAAUAAGAAUAUUGCAGAUACACCUCUUCCAUAUCUUUUUACAAUGAAGAAUUUAGUUUUUAGUUUAUAUGAAAAGUGACAUAAAUGCCUUCCAAUCCACAUGCCAGAAAAUACUGGUGUGUUUUGUCCACCCACAAACAGUCCUAGCAGUGUUAACACUGUGAGACAAUUGGACAAAUUGGUCUCACAAUGUAGUCAUAGGAAGUUGAGCCUGGCAACAAAUGUUAAUUCUACAUCUGGAGCUGCUACUUAAGAACUGCAUAGCUUACAUUAUGCAGUGACAUUUAGAAGUGGCACUUUCAAAACAUGACUCUUACUCAUUUCCAUUCUGAAAUGCUUUUAUAUGUAUUUUUUAAAAUUCCUUAGAAGAAAACUCAUAAGAAGUAAUGUGCUUAACUUCAGUGCUUUUAAUUUAGUUCCCCCUUAGUAUUAUAUUUCAAAGAAGGGUAAACUAUAAGUUCAAACAUGUUCAUUAAAGUCUAUGUAUGAAAUUUUACUUGCAAGCACCCGAUUGUUUUGAAUAACCCGAAGAAAGUAAAUUAUGCAAACUCUUUCAGGUUCAGCCACUCCUGAUUUUUGCUCUAAUGUCCUAAAAUAGUUUUGAAUUAAUAAGCAAUUUUAGUGCCAGUACCAUGAUGGUUAGAGAUGUAAAGCAUUUCAAGAUGUUGAAUGGGAGUAUCUGCAAGUAUCUGUAAUAAAUAAUUACAGAAGCUCAAAAAUAACUAUUAAGCAAUUUCAAAUAAAAUAACAUGUCAAAUGAACAGAAUAUAUAUAUGAAUUGACUAUAGCAAACAUAAAGAAACACUACUCCAUAAAAUGAAUUGAAAUAAAAUGAGCCACAUAUAGAGUUCAAUCUAUUAAAAAACAUAAAAGGAAAGCAUUGUUACUUUAAAAGACUUCUGUAAGCCUGGUCUUCUAAAACAUUUUUUGUCAUUUGAGUUAUAAAAACUAAGUUAUUACAUUAAGUAAUUGGAAUACCAGCUUUCCUAAUUUGAUAAGUGUUUAAAGAAAUUUUGUGAGACAUAACUAAUUAAAUCAAAUGCUAUGAAGAUAAGCACGUGCUAAAUCUGAGUUAAGAAAUACACUGAAGUGCACUGACUGUGAUUGCUUAUCACAGGAUCUGAGUAUUAAAGACCAUGCUUAAGUUCAAGCAAUGUACAUUCUCUUCCAAAUAUGGGACUUUCCUCAAAAUUAAAGAACUUUCCAUUUAUUUAGCUUGAUUGGGCUCGAUUUUUUUCCAUAUAAAUUGUUGUUUCAUUGUUACACAGAGGUAUGUCCUUCUUUAAUUUAGAACAGUUACACAGAUCCAAUACCAGGCCAUUGGGGUGGGGGGUUGCAUAUAAAAACUAAAGACAACAACCCAUUCCUAACAUCAAACUAUUAACAAGCAUCCCCUGAGAAAACAAUUAUGGGGUGAACAUUAUGUGGAACACUUGUAUAAUGUACAUAUUUAAAUUCACAAAGUAAAUCCAUUAAUUUUGGGAAAUGAUUCUAAAAUAUUAUCCUAUUCCCAUUUUAGUUUUUGUUUCAAAUAAGAAUCAUUGCACAAGUUUUAGCCAAUCUGGAAUUUUCAUUUUAUUAACUUCAGAAAUUACAUUAUAAUAGUUUUAUUGGUGAUUCUGAAAGCUUUCAAAUUAUGUUGGUAAACAAAGGUUUUUUUAAAAUAAUACUUUAUAUAAUCUGUGUAAAACUCCUGUUAGCCAAAUGGUCUUACACAACACUCAGAAGGAGCACCAAGUAUACUGCAUUAACUUGUAGAUGACACUUUUUAAGCUGGUUUAUUUUCCAAACGUAUACAAAUCAAAGUCAUUUUAAUGCUAUAAAUAAUUUAUUCUUAAAAAAAUUUGUGCUGUUCACCCAUUUAUAGGGUUACAAGCUACGUGAAAAGUACAAAACCUUUUUGUCAAGUGUGAUACUGAGAGUGCUUUUCAUGUCAUUCACUGGUUUUACAUCUGGAUUUGGAUAUACUGCGCAACGGGCAAGGCUAGAAUCCAUGAACCAAGCUGCAAAGAUCUCGAGCUAAAUAAGGCAGACUCAGAGAAACAAGAGAAGGAAAUACUUUCCUAUCCAACAUGUACUCUUCAGACUAAAGCACUCUUUCUAUCAAGCUUUCUAAACUGUUAAAUAAAAGGUUUUCCAAACAAGCAUUUUAACUUCAUUACACAGAAGAGCAACAAGAACAGUAGUCUGCCUGACAAAAUGGCAGAAGGGGAAAAUGUAUAUACGGAGUUCAAUGGUUAGCCUGAAUGUAGCACAGUUCUUCACAACCGAUGGGGGGUUACUUCAACAUGGUGUCCAACAACGUUCUAACGACGUGCUUCAUCUCAACUGUUUACUAUGAAGCAAGGUGGUAAAAUGUUUGGCCCCAGUCGGGCUUAAAAAAUGGUUCAUUUUCAUGAUGAGCAUGUCUGUCCAGCUAUCAAUCAUGUUUGUUUGCACCAAAUCCCAAGCCAUUUAAAAUACGACUAAAUUUAAGUUAAACAGAAGUCGUCUGCUCCAAAUUCACCAUCAACUAUCCAUGCUACUGCAUUCCUCUAAGGGGAAGAGAUAAAAUGUAAACAAAAAUAUAUUAAGAACAUCCAUAUUGUCUUGUAUAUCUCAAUCAUGAUAUAUGCACAUUUUAAUCUCACAAAAAUAAAUAAAAUCACUGUAAAUUCACUUCAUUCACUGUAAACUAACUGAACAGCAACAAUAAAGAUUAGCAAGAGCUUUUACAAGUUUCUUCUGCAAAACUGCAAGAAAUGGAAUGGAAUGGAACGAAAGAGCAAUUGACAGAAAACAUUCAGAGACAAAAACUUGGGGUAAUAUCUAAUUUUCAUAUCAAUGUAUAUUGCCCAAUCAGCUGAAACCAGUCCUUAAUCAUUUCCUCCUUUAUAGCAAUUAUAGGGGGGGUGAUAGACAGAAUCCACAUUCCAGCAAAUGUGUACUGAACAUGGCUUCUGCAACUGAAGUCUGGAAUUAUUUCCACUUUCAAGUUGUGACCAUAUGCUUUUGUGUUUGUGUGCACCAGGAUCUAUGGGGCAGACUGCAUGUGUGCCAUUCUGGAUCACACUACUGAGGAAAUCUUGGGACAGAGCUCUGACUGAUUUAGUGAGUUGUACAUCUCUUUCUAAUCCAGAUCAUUUCAAACUUUUUCAGGGAGGGGAUUGGGUGUUUUCCUUUAACAACAAUUUGGUUUGAUUUUAUUUAGGUUUUAGGACAUUUUUAUUCUGAAGCCGUUUUAUACCACCCCACCCCACCCACCCCCCAAAAAACCCUGUAAUCCCACCUGUAUAACUUGGUGGAGCUCAAGUAAUUCAAAUGACAAAAUGAGAAGGGUUGCUAUCUGAAGUGCAGCAGAAUCAGGAGAAAAUUUUGUUUAUUAAAUCAGUUUGUAAGGUUGCUCACUUGUCAAUAAUUCUGGAUAUGAUGACUGUCUAUCAUGAAUACUAAUCUGAAAGCAGUACCAAAACAGAUGGGUCAGAUGGGUUGGGCAGAAGUUUUUACAUAGAUACAAAAAUGUAUAUACUUCAUUGUCUGUUUGGAAAUUAUCUGGAUUAUGAUCAUGUUGAAAAUAAUAUAAAAUUUAUGAUACAAAUGGCAAUACAGAAAAAAAAAUGAGGAAGAUUAAA